AUGCUACACGACCACCUGUCGUGGCGCCCACACGUCGAGAUGGUCGCGGACAAGGCCCUCCGUGUGGUGCGAGCAUUGCGUGUCGUCAUGCGCAACCACAGCGGCCCCCAAGUGAGCAAGCGGAAGCUGCUCGCCGCAGUGGCCGCGUCCAUUAUCCGCUAUGGCGCACCCGUCUGGGCGGAAGCCUCGGACCUACAGUGGUGCAGGCGGAUAUUGGAUCGCGUGCAGCGCCCCCUGGCCCAGGGCAUCACGAGCGCCUUCCACUCCACGAGCUGCGAGGUAGCGGUGGUUUUAGCCGGAGAACUGCCAUACCACCUCCUGGUGAAGGAAGACGCCCGCUGCUACAACCGACUGCAGUUAAGCCCGGACAGCAGUCGAGAGGCGAUUCGCCAGGAGGAAAAGGAGUCAUCGCUGCAGCUGUGGCAGCAACAGUGGGACGACGAGGCGGCGAAUAACACCAGCCGCUACUUACGUUGGGCCCACCGACAAGUGCCAGACGUGCGCCUGUGGACGGGGCGGAAACACGGAGAGGUAGAUUUCUACCUCUCGCAGGUUCUCAGUGGACAUGCCUUCGUCCACGAGUUCCUGCACGUGUUCGGGUUCGCUCCAUCCCCGGACUGUCCCAGGUGCGCAGGGUCGGUCGAGUCGGUGGCCCACGUAUUGUUCCAGUGUCCCCGCUUCGCGGAUGUUCGCGCGGAGUUGCUGCACGGCGUCGACGAGGACAACCUCGGCAGCCGCCUGUUGGAGAGUGCGGAGUGGUGGGACCGCAUCCAGCAAGCGGCUCGGCAGAUCCUCUCCGUUCUGCAGGAGGACUGGCGGGAGGAGCAGCAAAACUUGGCAGCCGCCGAGGCUGCUCAGCCAGUUCCUGCAUCCAGCCCGCCCGAGGACAUGGCGGAGGCAGAGCGGAGACGGCUGAUGCGACGCCGAGAGGUGCGCAACCGCAGCGCCCGGCGGAUGCGGCAGCGGCGUCGGCAGGAGCGGCUCGGUGUGGACGAGGUCGUCCCGGCUAUCUUGGCACGCGCAGCGGCCAAUGACGACGCGGCCGACGACGUAGCGGAGCCGACAGGGGAGGUCGAGGAGGAGGAGGUCAGCCCUCCAGAGCCGCCAAUCCCCCCGCGCAGCCGGGGAUUGCCUCCCUCCCCACGCACGAUGGAGAUGCGGCGACUGCGGCGUAACUUUAUGCAGCUCCAAUACCGGGAAAGGCGUCGGGCCGGAGUGCUAGGAGCUGUUCCGCAGGGUCGCCAACGACGUGGGCGACUACCACCAUCUGCAGCGGAAGUGGAGCGGCGUCGCAUUAACCGGCGGCAGAGAGAGAGGCAGCGGCGGCUGGAGCAACGGCAAGCGGAGGUCGAGGCUCAGCCUCCCCCGUGGGACGAGCUGCCGAGCUCCCAGCUUGCCGAACGAAGAAGCAGCCUCACGGAUGACGAGCGAGCUGCCGUAACAUCGGCGAACGUGUCCGCGCGCUGA